AUGCAGGCGCGCUCGAACAACUGGGCUGACUCGAAGCAUCGUGACUACAGUCGCGCCCGCUCCAAUUGCACCUCCUACCACUCAAGUCAGCCCCUAAGCACCACGUCCGCCAUGCUCAAAGUCGGCCGGGAUUUCGAAGCCCUCCAAGCCACCCGGCCGGACUUCCGCCGCGACGCCGAGGUUACCUUCUCCAAACCCCCCAACCCGGCCUGGAAAGAAGGCGACGGCGCCAACGAUGGCGGUGAGAGCCUGAAGAAGGAUCACGUCGAGAUCGAUCCCCAUGCCGAUGGCCGGUCUGUCGCAUCCAACUACAAACUCCUGAUCUCGGGCAUGGUGCCGCGGCCCAUCGCCCUUAUCAGCACCAAGUCGGAAGACGGGAAGACAACGAAUCUCGCACCGUUCAGUUACGCGCAGCUCAUUAACCAUGAUCCGCCGCUGUUCAUCGUCGGGUUCGUCGGUUCGCUGGACAAGGCUAAGGAUACACUGAAGAAUUUGAACGAGACGAAGGAGUGCGUGAUCAAUAUUAUCUCGGAGCACUUCGUUGAGGCUGCCAAUUCGACGGCGAUCAAUGCGCCCUACGGCCACUCGGAGUGGGACGUCUCGGGCCUCACCCAGGGCCCAACCUCCGUGGUCAAGCCUGCACGUGUGAAGGAGUCAAUCCUGGCGAUCGAGGGCAAGCUGGUCGAGACGAAGGAGUUUGAGAGCCGGGCGGUGCCGGGUAAGAAGUCCAGUGUGUUGGCUAUUAUCGAGGGCGUGCGGUUUUGGGUGCGGGAGGAUGCUAUUGACAAGGAGCAGAGUGUCAUCGACCUGAAGGUUCUCAAGCCUAUUAGUCGUUUGGGUGGCAUAUCAUAUGGUCGCACUACUGAUGCUAUUGAGAUUCCCCGUCCGAAUUUUUAA